AAUUACAUAUCACCGAUUUGUCUACGCAAAUUUGUUUACUUUUGGUGACAGCUAAAAAGCACGUGCAAAACAUUUACGAGCUUACAUCGAAAAUGGCAUCAAAUGACAGUGACAACUUGCCAGACUUUGGAUCAUCAGAACUUGGCACAAAAGAGUAUUGGGACUCUGCAUACGAAAAGGAAGUUGACAAUUUUGAAGACAUAGGAGAUGUGGGAGAAGUAUGGUUUGGUGAGGAAACUAUGGACAAGAUCAUUUCCUGGAUUGAGAAGUGCCCCGAGGUGAAAGCCAAUGACCCAAUUAUUGACCUGGGGUCAGGAAAUGGCAUGAUGUGUAUUGAGCUGAGCAAGCGUGGUUUCAGUCAGCUGGUGGGCGUGGACUAUUCAGAGCUGGCAGUGAUGUUGUCCAGGUCUGUAGCCAAGGCUGAAGGCUGUGAGGAAGUUGUUUUUGAGACCGGUGAUCUUAUUACUUCUGAAAGACCCAACCAAUGCACCUGUCUGACACGGAAAUACAAGGUGGUCCUGGACAAGGGGACGUACGACGCCAUCAGCCUGUCACCGCACGACUCACAGAGUGCACAACUUGGUUACCUGGCAACAGUUAAAGAUUUGAUGGACAGCGACAGCUUGUUCUCCAUAACAUCUUGUAACUGGACAAAGGACCAGUUGACAGAUUUUUUUAAAGAUUUCAAGCUUCAUGAUGAAAUAAAAUUCAAGACAAUACAGUUUGGUGGGAAGACGGGAAGUACAUACACAAGCCUUGUUUUGAAACUGAGCACAUGAUGGAACUGAGCACGUGAUGGAACUGUGUGGGAGUGGAGACUUGAUUGAAGAAGAAUUCUGAUGCGCAUAAAGCUCGGACUCUUGUCAUUUUACCUUAGAAUCUUGUAAAACAACAACAUUGAACUAGAAUGUGGAUCCAGCGUAUAUCACAGUGUAUAAAUCAAUUUCUGAACAAGAUCGAGCAAACUUAUGUAUCAGAAGUGUUAAGGUUUUGAGUGAUGUCACUUAGGCCAAGAUUAACCCAUUUGCAUUCAUGCCCAGUGGACUCUCCAAUCCUUCUGAAUUGGAUCAAUUUAUUUCAAAAUUAGGGAUGUCUUGUAUAUUUAUUUCUAUAUUUAGAAUAUUUCUUACAGAAAUUCCUGUAAGCAAACAGCGCAGACCCUGAUCAGACCCCGCAUCAUGCGGCGUCUCACCUGGGUCUACGCUGUUUGCCAAGGCCUUUUUUCUAGACGCUAGGCAUAAAUGGGUUAAAUUGACUGAUGUUUCUCUAACUUACAUUGUUCAACAAGCAUUUCUUCUCAAGACUAUCAAUGAAAAAAUGGUUUUAUCAAAACUUAACAAAUAUUGAAGAUAUAAUUUGAAGCGAAAUUGUAACCUGACAACCUACCAUCCAACAAUUAACAUCGUGACUGGAGUAUAUUCCUUUAAACAGCAUGAUUGUGACAUGUUCUUUACACUUGUACUAUUUGACAUAUGUCUGUUUAGUCUUAUAUAAUGGAUAUUUAUUGCCACGUUUCUUUUGUGACAAUGUCAAAUUGUUUCUGGAAUAUUUGCCUGUUGUAUUUAUUUAUCAAAUAUGUUAAUGUUAAAAUCUCAUUAUGUGCGAAGACUAUAUACGAUCUGAUGAAAUUGUAUACAUUAUGUUUGAUGACCUUUUGAAAAUUAAUGAAAUAAUUGCCCUGAAAAGGACUGAUACAUGUACUUCCCAAGAAAAAUACUCAAGUGUCUCAAUAGGCCUAAGGCUUGUAUGUAAUCAAGCUGUAAUAAAUAACCGAGAUAAACUUCUUAACCACCAAAGUCAAA